UCUAGCCCAGAUCAACACCUUGCAGCAGCUCAAGCAAUUAGUGGCCACCCAACAGUUGACUAUGUCUCAAGUCGAGGAAAUUCACAAGCAGCUUGCAGCUCCCCCACCACCCCCCAUCGAGCAACAUCCCGCCUUGAGCACGUCUCAUCACCUUUCUCAACCACCUAAUAUCUUCGAGGACUUGGGUGCACUUGCUCAGCUUAAUCACUUCCUCGAAGCCAACCCGAACAUUCUCCAGCAAGUGUUGCAGCAGUCACAGCAAGCCCAGCCUCCUCAAGCGGCUUUGGCUCAGCCCAUCCUCAACCCCAAAUUCCAAAAUGUAUCAGACAUUCUGUCCCAGUUUGUUCAUCCCCAGCACACCACCCCUCCUGCCUCUGAAUCAAUCACCCAAGCCCCACUCAAUCUUAAUCUCUUUGAUAGCCAGCAUCUUGCCACUGCCUUGACUGUCCUCAAUGUACCUCAAUGUAACACUCAACAAAACACCACCCCUUUCAUGCGGCAGCAAUCUCAUGAAUCAGCCCAAAAGCUUAGUCCAUUGCCAUCGAGCUGGAACUCAAAUGGGAACUGUAGAUUGCAUGAUCACCCGGAUCCAGCAGUGAUGGAGUACAAAGUCAAGAUUGCAGGCCUCUUGAUCAAGCUCCAGAACGCAUCCAUCAACCGAGUGAAGCCCAGCAAGAUAGCUGAUCUGCUCUACUCGGACAUCCCCCAGUUUUGCAGACAGGAUGGUAGCCGAUUCUUGCCUGGCAAGAUUGGCAACCAACAUGCGUCUGACCAGGGUGCGCGAGUCCGGGCAGCGCGCACAACAGCGGAUGUGGGCCCAGGCCGAGUUCACCUGGCUGUACUCCCAGGACAUGGAUCUCACGGGCAAGAAGGCCCAUCCCAGACAUGA